AUUUACUGUUUGAACAAGUAAAUGAUUUUGUGCAAGCAAAUAAUAUAUCAAGGUUAUACAUUUUAUUUGGUUAUAUUAGAUAAAACGGUUAAAUUUACGAGUAUGUAACUAUGAUUUUCAUUGUUUUCUAUAUUAACUUCUUCUACUAUUCAAAUUCUCUGUCUUCUUUUCAUUGUAAAUAAAGACUGAUAUACCUGGUUAAGUAUAUAUACCUAGAUUACGUUAAAAUGUGUAAUAUGAACGAAUUCGUUUACACGUUUACGUUUGUAAAAGUUAAUUAUCGGUAUUUGUCAAGUCUCAAAUAAGUAUUAUGUGAAAUUGUGGUUAGUGAAGUCAACAUUUCUGUGCUUUAACCUAUCAUUAUAUUUGAAAGAACUUCGAAAUGAGUUCGAAAACUGUGUGCAUUACUCAAGAAGGUCCGGCAAACGCAUUAGCACUGAACAAAGACAAUAGUCAAGUUGUUAUAGCAGGACGUAAUGUUUUUAAAAUAUUCACAUUAUUAGAAGAUAGAUUCGAGGAAGCUUGUAACCUUCGCGUCGGGAAAAAUUUAAAUCUAAAUUUUUCUUGUAACGACGUCGCCUGGAAUCUAAUCGAUGACCAUAUAUUAGCAACUGCUGCUACGAAUGGAGCAGUAGUGGUGUGGAAUUUAAACAGAUUGUCGAGGUCUAAGCAGGAACAUGUUUUUAUCGAUCAUACAAGAACUGUAAAUAAAGUAAGUUUCCAUAUGACAGAACCUAUGUGGUUAAUAUCUGGUUCUCAAGAUGGCACUAUGAAAUGUUUUGAUUUAAGAAUUAAAGAAGCUACUAGAACUUUUUAUAGUAAUACAGAAUCUGUACGCGACGUACAAUUUUGUCCUCAUUCGCCGCAUACUUUUGCUGCUGUUUCUGAGAAUGGACAUGUUCAACAAUGGGAUUUACGGAAACCGGACCGUUAUUUUCAACAUUUUACUGCUCAUAGCGGUCCUAUAUUUGCUUGCGAUUGGCAUCCUGAAUCCACCUGGCUCGCAACUGCUUCCAGGGAUAAGACCAUUAAGGUUUGGGACUUGUUAGGUAAGCCCAGUUGCGAUUACGUUAUACAUACGAUAGCAUCGGUAGGUCGUAUAAAGUGGAGACCACAGAGGAAAUAUCAUAUAUCGAGUUGUGCCCUAGUCGUGGAUUGUAGUAUAAACGUAUGGGAUAUUCGUAGGCCGUACAUUCCUUUCGCAAGUUUUAAUGAGCAUAAAGAUGUUCCGACUGGUGUAGCAUGGAGAGGCAAUCCACAGUCUUUCUUAUCGACUAGCAGAGAUUGUACUUUAUACCAUCAUGUGUUUAAUGAUGCUACUAGACCGGCGAGUAAGGCGAAUCCGCAAGGUAUCGCAUUAAAUCCUAAAGGAGAUAUCGCGUACGCUUGCAAAGUAAACGUUCACGUUACAACUACAAUGAAACAGUUGACUAAUAUAAUGAGGAAAACAGCUGCAACAAACGAUACAUUUUGCAUGGUAUCUAGCAUAAUGCAUAGAUUUGCCAUAAAUGUGCCACGGGAACCAAAAUGGUUUAAAGCAUGCGCGGAAGGUUACUUGCUUUCUGGAAGAUUAAAUGACAUUUGCGACCAUAAUGCUGUCGUUGCUAGAAAUGCUGGUAGAAAUGAUGGUAAUACAGCUGUUGGUUUGAAUCAGAUCAGUACCGUAUGGAGUAUCAUAAAAACAUUAUAUGCUAAUCCUAUGGGAUCUAUUUUAAAAACACCUCCAACUGCUUCCAAAGAAGACAUAGUAAAUACGUUGAAUUUAGCACAGAUUACGAUAGGAUCAUCUAGUGUAGAUCAAUCAAACGCAGGCGCAGGUACAAUUACAGUCUUUGAUAUCGUACACGAGAACGAUGUAAAAUCUGUACAAGGAGAAGUAACAGGUGCGAUUAGCGGCGGCGAUGACGAGACCGAAACCGAUGAAACGCCGGAAAAUCAACACUCGAUAGGGUCUAUAUUACCUAGCUACAAACGGGCAUUUAUCGAUCACAAGGGACCAUCUAAAGGAGAUUUUUUAUUUGGAGAAAGCGAGUUUGAAUCAAUGACAAUGGAAUAUACACCGAGUUAUAUACAGAAUAUGAUGACUAACGAUAACGAUUGGACGUUAUCCAAAGAGGCUUUUCCUUUGCGACACGAGAUUAAAGACAGAUCUCCGCCACCUGAACAGUUUCCAAAUCAUCCUCCAGAUAUUAACGAAGAUUGUGCUUCGUUAAUGAUCGAGGAUCAACCUAGUCAAUUGAUAGUUUCAAACAUACCUAAACCACAAUUCUGGGAUCCCACGAGUUUAAUCGAAGAAGCUUUAAAACAUCAUGCGGCUCUUAGAGAUAUACAAACUUCUGCGACGAUUCUUAUCGCAUUAGGAGAAAAACGGAAAAACUUGAACAUUGAAACCGCUGUUCAAGAACAUUGGAUAUUAGAGUAUUUAGAUAUGCUCGCGCGAUUUAAACUGUGGAACGUGGCUACGCAGAUCAUCCAAUCGGUUUGGAUACCGUCCGUAUCGCAAUUAAAUCAACAAUCAACGGUAAUACACGCGUGUUGUUUAGCGUGCACAAAACCGCUACAAAGGGCAGCAUGGUUGUGCGAUCGAUGUCAUUCGUCUCAUCACGCGCUUUGUUCCGUUUGUCAUCAAGUUGUUCGAGGAAUAUACGCAUGGUGUCAGGGAUGUACGCAUGGAGGUCACGUUGUUCAUAUGAACGAAUGGUUUAGUUGUAACCGACAGUGUCCAACUGGUUGCGGUCAUAUGUGUGAAUAUAUUUAAACAUUUACGAUCAGGAUUUCUUCGACACUAUCAAAAUCUCGAUACUGUUCGCUGUAGACAUCGCAUCGCUUUCAUACCGCAUUUAAACAUUCGUUUAUUUCAAUAUCAACAAACACUGGUACAAAAAUACUAAAUACUAAAUGGUAUAUUCGACGAAAUAGGUAAAGUGUGC